AUGUUUAUUUUUCCACUUCCCAAUAUUUCCAUUGGAGAUCUUCUCUUCUUUUACAAGGCCAAAACUGCCCAACAAAAAAAUAGGGAUGAUGACAGUCAAAUGAGAGAAGCUAUUUCGGCAGUCUCUUUUGACUAUGGAAAUGCUUAUCAUGUUGGUAUAAUUGUAGAUGAACAAAAGGGGAGGGUUAUACAUGCAGCUAAAGAUGGAGUUGUGAUUCAGAAUAUAGAGGAUGCCCUCAAAGAUUUAAGUCCGGAAUAUGCAGAAUUAUGUCAUGUAAAACUUAAAAGUGAAUGGAAAAGGGCUGCUGUCAGUUGGGCUUUGAAGCAGUUGGGUAGUGGAUAUAAUGAUCUUUUCUCGCCUGAAUGCAUCAAUUCUGAGGGGAAAAGAGCUUUUUAUUGUUGUCAACUAGCUGUAAAAUCUUAUGCGGAAACUAAUGAUCAAAAUAAAGGACUCAGCCCAUUCCCGAAACACGAAUUGAAUUUUCUUGAUUCCAAAGGAGAGAUACUCCCAUUUUGGUUGGAUUAUUAUCGCAAACUUUCACCCCAAAAUCCACAUCCUCCACAAGGACAGCCAGGAUCUCAUCCAAGUAAGCUUCGUUCAUCACAACUUCUCACAAGUAUUGCAAUUCAACAUUUUUAUGAAUUUGUAGAGAACCCUAUAGAACGAAUGAGGAAAUUUACUAUUCCAAAUGACUUACUCGCGGCUCUACAUUUUGUAAAUGGAGCGAGAAUAAAUCUUUCUGCUGGAAAAUUAUUUAAAAUAAUUGAACCGAGGAAUGUUGCUUCUGGAGCACAAAAGGAGUGGGGGAAAACGUCGUGGAUUGAUAGACAACAAAUUCUUAAUAGAACUGCUAUUCUGUUGAGGGAGCAUGUCAAUGAACUUAGUGGAUGGGAAGUCCGUGAUAACGGCAAACCAAUUUCUGAAGCAAAAGCAGACAUUCUUUCAUGUGCCGACACUUUUGAAUAUUUUGCUGGUGUUCGUUUAGCUGGUGAACAUUUUCCAUAUGAUGAACAGAAUGAACGGUUUGCCUACACAAGAAGAGAACCUUAUGGUGUUGUUGGAGCUAUUGGUGCUUGGAAUUAUCCAAUACAGACAGCUUCUUGGAAAAUAGCGCCAGCUAUAGCUUGUGGUAAUUCAAUUGUUUAUAAACCAAGUCCUUUGGCUCCUAUCUCGAGUGUUCUGCUUGCACUUCUCCUUCAAAGUGCCGGACUGCCAGACGGCGUUGUCAAUAUUUUACAAGGCGAAGCUGAGACGGGAGCGGCCCUUUGCGUGUCUCCUUUGGUCCGAAAAGUUUCUUUUACUGGAAGUGUUGAAACAGGGAAAGCAAUUGCUAAGGCUUGUGCUAGUGAAAAUAUAAAGCCUGUAACUUUGGAAUUGGGAGGUAAAAGUGCUUGUAUUGUUUUGGAGGAUGCAAUAAUGGAAGUGGCUGUUCAUGGUGCUAUGUUGGCAAAUUUUUUGAGUCAAGGCCAAGUUUGUUCAAAUGCUUCUAAAAUUCUCGUACAUAAAAGCCUUUUGGAUGAAUUUACAAAAAUUGUGGUUGACAGAACUGAAAAUUUGCGUAUUGGAGACCCUCUUAACGAUAAAACCCAUGUUGGUGCUUGCAUUUCUUUGGAACAUUUGCAGAAAGUUCAGUCCUUUAUUGAUGGUGCAGUGAAAGAAGGAGCCAAAUUGUUAACUGGGGGAGAAAGAAUAAAUAUUCAAGGCCUAGAAGGAGGCUUUUACCUUUCUCCUUGUAUUUUGACUGGUAUAAGUCCAGAUAUGCGUGUUUACAAGGAAGAAAUAUUUGGGCCUGUUAUGUUGAUUAUACCUUUUGACAGUGAAGAGGAAGCCUUAAAAAUGGCAAAUGAUACUGAAUUUGGAUUGGCUGGUGGGAUAUUUACAAGAGAUUUGAGAAAAGCUCAUUUAUUUGCUUCAAAAAUGAAAGCAGGCAAUAUUUACAUAAAUUCCUACAAUGAUGUACAUCCCCACGUUCCAUUUGGAGGUUUUAAUCAAUCUGGGUAUGGACGUGAAAAUGGAGAGGCUGCAAUUUGGAAUUACACACAAAUAAAGAGUGUUUAUAUAAAUGUAUCUAAUGAGCUUGGUAAUCCGUUUACUUGA